GAGUUGCCCAUUAAGACGACGACCAAAUGGUCGUUUGCGUCAAUGAAUAAGGAUGCGGGGCACCGUGAAGGCGUGCACCCCGGAAGGAUGCUCUAAUUUUUCGUACUAUAAAAUCCACAACUUUUCUCUUUUUCCGCCAGAAGGAGGGUUUGAAGUGCGGAAAGCAAGUGAAGCUUGUUAGGCUUUAGCCCUAGCUUAAGAGCAGUCAGCUGCAAUGGCUGAAACCACUCCGGCGAAGGAACUAGAUGCCUCAGCUCCACAAGUCGACGGAACCCUAGUCACCCCUUCCAACGAAGCUACCAUACAAUCGAACGCUCAGGGAGGCACCACGGAGUCUUCCGGUAACAAUAGCAACCAUGCCGUUGAAACUUCUGCUUUUUCCUCUGGUGGGGACCGGGACAAGUCCUUGGCGUUUGCGGCUGAAUUGAUGGAGAAAGGAUCAGAGGCUGUCAAGGAAAGUGAUUUCAAUGAGGCCACCGAGUGCUUCAGCCGUGCCCUAGAGAUCAGAGUUGCACAUUUUGGUGAACUUGCUUUUGAGUGUGUUGAUGCAUACUACAAAUACGGAUCUGCACUACUGAACAAAGCUCAAGAGGAGGCUGAUCCACUUGGUACCGUGCCGAAGAAGGACGGCGAAUCUCAACAGGAUUCUGAUAAAGAUGGAUCUGUCAAAAGUGUUGUAAACUGUGAGUCUUCAACGGCUUCUGCUUCAAGUAAUGCUGAACAAGAUGGAAAGUCAAGUCAUCAGGAAGGGGCUGCAGAUGAUGUUUCUAGUGGGAAAGAUCAGGAAGAAGAUGAUGAGGAAAGUGAUGUUGACGACCUGGCUGAAGCAGAUGAAGAUGAGUCUGACCUAGACUUGGCAUGGAAAAUGCUCGAUGUUGCAAGGGCAAUUGUUGAAAAGUGCUGUGGCGACACAAUGAAGAAAGUGGACAUAUUGUCAGCUUUAGCAGAGGUUGCUUUAGAAAGAGAGGAUGUUGAAACUUCUCUCAGUGACUACCUGAAAGCACUAUCCAUUUUGGAGCGCCUGGUGGAACCAGACAGCCGAUAUAUUGCUGAACUGAACUUCAGGAUAUGCUUGUGCUUGGAGAUUGGCUCCAAGGCUGAAGAAGCCAUUCCUUAUUGCCAAAGGGCCAUAUCAAUUUGCAAGUCCCGGGUGCAACGUCUUACAAAUGAAAUAGAGAGUCCCUCAGGGUUAGAGGCGACAUCAGCUGGUGCCAAAUUAGAUGUGGGCCCCCAAUCCUCUAGUGGUUCACAGUCAAUGAGUUCUGUUUCAGAUAAACAAACGGAGAUAGAAACGCUUACAGGCCUAACCAGUGAACUGGAAAAGAAGCUUGAAGAUCUGCAGCAGCUGGUUUUGAACCCGACAUCAAUUCUUUCUGAAAUCCUUGGCAUUGUGUCGGCCAAGGCAAAGUGCAGUGAGAAGGGUGCUUCCGCCAUAAUGACUUCUUCACAGUUGGGUACUGCUACCAGCAAUGGAAGUUUUGAUUCUCCAACUGUUUCUACGGCACGCACAAACGGAGCUGCUGGAGUCACUCAUCUUGGUGUGGUGGGACGAGGAGUAAAGCGAGUGAAUCCUGGCAUGACAGACCCUGUCCCAGUUAAGAAACCUGCGCCGAACCCAUCCCUGGACAAAGGUGAUGGCAAUGCUUCUUGAAAGUUUCAGAUUCUGGGAUCCAUGCUUGGAUGCCCGAUACGAAAUGGAGGUCUUUGUGGUGGUUAGAUCUUAUCAUUUGACUACAGUUACUAUGUAUCCAAAUAUGAAGAGCAAUCACUGAACAGCGGGUAGGAUUGCGUGAUUGACUUUGCUGUAGGAUGCAUGCUUUCUGCUAGAGAGGUUUCUUAGGCAACGACCUUGUAGUGGUUUUGCCACCUAUGCAGUUGCAGUUAGAUUAAUAUUUAUAUGUUGAAGUUUAAAUGAUUAGGACAGUUUAAUAAAUUUUAAUAUUUGAAUU